GCAGCUCAUAUGUUAGCUCGGAGGCGGCUAAGCUAGUUAGCGCUCCCCUCCCUCGGUCCGUCCCUACGCUCUUUGGACCCCCGGAUCUGGGUUAAAUGGCUGCCGUGGCCCUGCAGUGCUGCUCUCUCUGGCGCUCCGUCAGAUUCAGAAGUUUGGUCAGUUCCACUGUCCCCAGGCUGAACAUCCACACCACAGCGUCUCCUAUGAUGGCUGCCACGGUGGAGCAGUUCGAGCAGGCCAAGAGCAGACUGUCGACGCUGAAGAACGAUCCGGGGAACGAGGUCAAACUGAAGAUCUACGCUCUGUUCAAACAGGCCACUCAGGGUCCCUGCAACACUCCCAAACCAGGCAUGCUGGACUUUGUCAACAAGGUGAAAUGGGACGCGUGGAAGUCUCUGGGCUCCAUAUCACAGGACAAAGCCAGGCAGCAGUACUGUGACCUGGUUGGCUCCCUGGUGGCGGCAGAGGGGGGAAGCUCCGCCCAGGUGGCCGCACAGCCUGCUGGGAGCGAGGCGACUUACGAGACGCUGCUGGUCACCACGGAGGACAACAUCACCACCAUCAAACUGAACCGGCCGACCAAGAAAAACGCCAUCACAACCGAGAUGUACAACGACAUUGUUGCAGCUCUGGAGCAGGCGGCAAAAGACGACUCAGUCCUCACAGUUUUUACCGGUGCCGGUGAUUUCUACUGCAGUGGAAACGAUCUCUCCAACUUCACCAAGAUCCCAGAGGGAGGCGUGGAGCUGAUGGCCAAACAAGCAGGAGAUCUGCUGCGGAACUAUGUGAACGCCUACAUCGACUUCCCGAAGCCGCUGGUUGCCGUGGUGAACGGACCGGCGGUAGGAAUCGCCGUCACUGCGCUGGGACUGUUCGACCUGGUCUACGCUACAGAGAAGGCCACGUUCCACACUCCGUUCAGUCAACUCGGCCAGAGCCCCGAGGCCUGCUCCUCCUAUACCUUCCCCAAGAUAAUGGGCGUCGCCAAGGCCUCGGAGAUGCUGCUGUUCAAUAAGAAGCUGACGGCGACUCAGGCCUGUGAACUUGGACUCGUCACCGAGGUUUUCCCUGAAAGCAGCUUCCAGAUGGAGGUCUGGUCCAGACUGAAGGCCUACGCCAAGCUGCCUCCCAACGUAAACUCCCUGGCUCUGUCCAAACAGCUGAUCCGGUCCACGGAGAAGGAUCGUCUUCACGCCGUGAAUGACGCCGAGGUGGAGCGUCUGGUGGAGCGCUGGACGUCCGACGAGUGCUUCAACGCCAUCAUGAGCUUCUUCCAGGCCAAAUCCAAACUGUGAUGCAGCGAGAGUCCAUCCUGAGGUCUAGCUCUAAUUAGAGCAGUCGGUUCUUCUGCUGGAAGAACGUCUUUAAUUCUGCCUUUAACUUCACUGUGUUGUGCAUCACUAGAACAGAGAAAACAGGGCUUUAACAUCCAACCACAGUCAGGUUUUUUACAUCGACCAGCUCCGACCCAACAAAUAUCUGUAGAUUCAUCUCAGCACAUCUGUAUGAAACACACCAGGGCUCAGAACCUGUUCCGUUUGUUCCGUCCAGACGUGGAACCAUUCAGUGUUUAACUCUAGAUAUCAGCUAGGCGAUGUUCUCCUCUAGAUGUGGCCAGAAUGACCUUAGACUAACGGUUGAGCUGUUUCUGGAGGUAAUGGAUCAUCUGAUCGUCCCUGAAUUGUCCAGAAGAGUUGCCUCCUGGUUGGAAGGAGCACAGAUGAAGGUUCUCCUGUUUUAGUUUCAGAUUCAGAAACUUCCUCCGUCUUUCUUCAGCUCUGAUCAGUCGUCAGAUUUGUUUGUUUUCCGCCAGAGUUUGUUCAGAACCGUCCUUUCUACAGAAUGUCAGCGAAUUAAAAACCUAAAAUAACGUAUUCCAUCAGUGUUCUCCUUCAGUCAGGAUUUAGUAGAACUUCUGAUCCUGUUUGUCUCCAUCGGUCUGAACAUCUGGACCUCCUUCUUCAUAAACUGUUAACUCUGUCAGGUUCCUCAGGAAUCCUGUUCAGCAGAACUUUGGCCGACGGCGCCCCCCCUCCGCAGCACAAGGAAACAAAUUUGCAUUUUGUGUUUUGCAGAAUUUUAAAAAUGAGCGUGAACAUUUUUUGUGGAGAUACAGCGGUUCAGAACUUAGAAUCUGAUUAGAUUCAGGAUUUCAUUUGAGAUUUAAUUCAGGAUUCGAUUCGGGGUUUGAUUCAAGAUUAAAACUGAGGAUUAAAUUCAGGAUUAGAGAUUUAAUUCAGGAUUUGAUUCAAGAUUAAAUUCUGGAUUUGAUUCAGGAAUUAUUUUGUUAUUCAAUUCAGGUUUUGAUCGAGGAUUCGAUUUAGUAUUCAGGAUUUAAAUUCAGGAUUCAAGUCGGGGUGUUGAUUUGGAACUUUAUUCAAGAUUUGAUUCAGCAUUUCAUUCAAGAUUAAAUUCAGUAUUUGAUGCAGGAUUUAAUUUAGUAUUCAGGAUUUAUUUCAGGAUGCGAUUCCGGAUUUAAUUUGGGAUUUAUUUUGGGAUUCGAUUCGGGAUUUGAUUCAGGAUUCAAGAUUUGAUUCUAGAUUUGAUUGAAGAUUUAAUUUAAGAUUCAGGAUUUAUUUUAAUUCAGAAUUCUAUUCUAUAUUUGAGAUUUAAUGCAGGAUUUAUUUCAGGAUUCGAUCCAUUUUGGGAUUUAAUUGAGGAUUUAAUUUAGGCUUCAGGAUUUUAAUAAUUCAGGAUUUAUGUGAGGAUUCGUUCAUCUAUUGAUGUGGAAACAGGUGGCGCUUCGUUCACUCGUUUUAGUUUCUGAUCUCACUCCAUGUUCGGACGUUUUUAUUUGGUUCUAAUGAUGACAUCGAAGGAGUCAGUCUGUGUUUUAGUAGUUUUUAGUCAAAGUGCCUUCAAAGCUUUUCAAAUCUCCGUCUUUGUUCGUUUUCUGUCAAUUGAAUAAAAGCAAAAGUUUUAAUUUCUAA